UUGACCGGGAAGUGAUAUGUUGAGUCUCACCCAUAAUAUUUGUAGCUUACAUGGGUCGUUUGUAUAAACAAAACGGAUCGUUGUAGCGUUUUUGGGAAUUGUAAGCGAUGUCGCCUCGCGUGCGCGUUACUAACACACCGCAACGCUUUUGUCGUCGUUAUCAGCGUGCGUAAACUCGGCCCGUUUAGCGUAACAGCGCCGUGCGGAGCGCUAAAUAAAGGCAUUUAGUGUCUGACCAAGACGGAACUGACUGUUUGUGCUGCGAAAAUAUGGCAGAGUUGCACGUUGAGCCCAGCGCGACUGGCAUCAUUGAGCAGACCGAGCAUUGUGAGAUCAGAGGCUCAGUGAACGUGAGACUCCCGUCGCCUACUCUGGUGAUUCCGCCCCGGAGCGGCUUGUCCAGUCCAGGGGUCUCCGGCUCCAGAGCAGUGUUUGGGUUCCCUAUGAAGAGCAACCCCACUUCCCCAUCACCAGAAGCCACAGAGAAACCAGGAUCUCGGUGGGUUCGGCUCAAUGUCGGGGGAACCUACUUUGUUACAACCAAACAGACCCUUUGCAGGGAUCCUAAAUCGUUUCUGUAUCGAUUAUGUCAGGAAGAUCCAGAUCUGGAUUCGGAUAAGGAUGAGACAGGAGCAUAUUUGAUUGACAGGGAUCCCACAUAUUUCGGACCUAUCUUAAACUACUUGAGGCAUGGGAAGUUGAUCAUCAACAAGAACCUCGCUGAGGAGGGUGUUCUAGAGGAAGCAGAGUUUUACAACAUUGCAUCACUUGUGAGGCUGGUGAAGGAGAGAAUACGAGACAAUGAAAACAGAACGUCUCAGGGCCCUGUGAAGCAUGUGUAUCGUGUAUUACAAUGUCAAGAAGAGGAGCUCACUCAGAUGGUUUCCACCAUGUCAGACGGAUGGAAGUUUGAACAGCUCAUAAGUAUUGGCUCCUCCUAUAACUAUGGCAACGAGGACCAGGCCGAAUUCCUGUGCGUCGUUUCCCGGGAGCUCAACAACUCCACUAACGGAAUUGUUAUCGAGCCCACCGAGAAGGCUAAGAUCCUUCAGGAGAGGGGGUCCAGGAUGUGAGGAACCUGGUGCCUGAGCCCACACAGAUGUCCCAUCCCUCACUUCCUUUCUCCAGAUCCUCCUCCACCACACAGCUGAUUCCAAGUUCAUCAGCCCACCACCUCUCACCUCACCCUCCCCUCCUCCCUUGUGCCUUUCCACUGUGGGGGUUUCAGUCCCCCUCCUCCCUGCAGUGCUGCAACAUUAACCGAUCAGCACCACCACUAACUAUCACUGCUAUUAUCGACUAAUCAAAAAUGCGUCCGAGGUCAAACCUCAGACCAUCACAUUUGAUGCAAGACUGCUCAGAGAGAGGAUUACAGGGAAGGAUUCAUCAUUCAUCCUAAUGCUUAUUUAUGCAGACUUCAUCAUCAUCAUCAUCAUCCUCUUCCUCAUAUCCCGGUCAUUAUCAUCAUAAUCUUUACAGCUGCUGGCUUUAAAUGUUUUAAGGGGGGGUUCAGUUGCCCCUGUUGGUUCGGCUGCAUCCACAUGACCAUAAUCUCCUCAGGACUUCCAAAUGGCGUGCAAGAUAGACCGUCGAUACAGCUUCUCAUAACAACCACAUUAACUUACACUGUAAAUCAUUAGCAUCAUUUCAGAAUUAAUUUCCCAUUGCCUGGUCAGACCCGAGAGCACAGCAGAUGGCACAACGGAUAAAACAAAGACAGCGGCUUUUGAACAUUCAGAAAUUUGUUUAUUCAGAGCGGCAUGUUUCUUUUGUUAACUACCCAUUUACCCGUCUGGAAAGGACCAGAGGAGAAGGGAGAACUCAUACUGCCAAUUGUCCGGUCAGAUGCCCCAAAUCGCGUGUCCAUCGCUGUGAAGAUGUCUCACAUUUCCAAUUUGCUCCGGUUGACUUUUGUCAUCCUGGAUAUUUUUUUUUUUUGCCUUGUCGCUGUGGAUAUUUCAAAACAGGAAAUUUAAAAAACAAAGAAAUAUGUGGUUUUAGGGCAUGUGAGGAUUAUGUAUAUUCAAAACAUAUGUAUUAUGAAGAGGCCGAUUGCAAGUCAUGUAAUUGUUGAUAUCUGUACCAUAGUGGUCGUUUUUUGUGUUUAUCAAGAUGAGUUUCUCUAUUUGAUUGGGGAAGGUUCUGAAUCGACCCCUAAUGUACUUUUUUUAAAAGCCUGGUUGCCGAGAUGUGAAUUUUUUUGGUUGUGGUUUUCCUUUAAACACUUUGUCGAUGACUGGAAAAAAAAAACUAAACAGGAGACUUCUUGUAUAGAGGUAUCAGGCCUACAUAGUCCAGGUGGUUCAGGAGACUGUUGUUGGACAAAGUGCCCACAAGUUUUGAGUCAGGGCAAAACUGCAUUAGUGGCUCUUUGUUGCAUUUUUUGACUCUCCCUGUAACAUUUUGGCUAUUUAACUGUUUAACUCAUUUUUGUUUAAAGUCUGAUCACGUCAGUGGAAUGUUUUUGAAUGUACAGGGCUCCAUUUAUUAUGGAACGUUCUUGCCAUUUUCUUUUUUAAAUUUCAAAAUCUAAUAUCAUUUCAGGUAAAUCAUUUUAACAUUGAAGCUCUGUCUUUGAAACUGGCUGCCCUUGUUGUUUAACAGCAGAUAAACUUGAUCUCCUGUAUUUUUUUUUUAUAUUUACAUUGUGGUUUCUCUGAAUCUACUGUGACUACAUCACAAAUUGUCAGUAUUUGAACGGUAUCCAGGCUGUAUUUUGGUCAUUCGGUUCUUCAUAUCUAUUGAUGAAAUAUCGUUGAAUCUAGGGGUCAGUCUAAGAUGGCAUCAUGUACGUGGACUUUAGGUGACGUUUUUAUGGUCUGCAGUGUUUUAAAGUGUUCUCUCUAAAUACAUUUAAGAAAUUUUACCUCUUUAAUCUCGUGUCCUUUGAUUGAUCAAAUCAAGAAGGCAAAGUACUUGAGUUUGUGAGCCACUUUGUGGUUGUUGGCUUUCCCUUUCUUCGGUUGUGUUAAUGUUUGCCCCCUCCUGGAGAGAAUUAAUUUGUUCAGCCCCACUUAUUAGUCAUUGAAGCUCCUGUAACAGGACCUCGGCUCUCUCACAGGAUCCUAUUGUACAUUUCCAUUGUUCAAAUAGGUUUAAGGUCUAAUUUCAAAGAAGAAUCCUGGAUUCAAAUCUAGAUGGCGCUGUUUAAGUCUCUCUCCGUCCCAGUUGUUUGUCUAGUGUUGUGCCUUUGACCUGUUGUGCCCUACAUGUCUUCGCUCUUAGAUUACUCUUCUUUAAAUACAGAUAUGGUGUUUAUUUCAUGUUUGUUUUGACUAAAUCAGUUCUGUUCCUUGACUCAGAUACUGACUGUGCCCGUUUCCCCCGAGUUUAUUGUUCUUGUUUCAGUGCUUCAUCUGUAUUUAGCUUUUCCGCUCCUGCCCCUAUGCACUUUUCAUUUUGCACCUACCUGCUUUAUAAUGUUCUCACUGUGUGCAUUUUGUUUUUAGAUUUUGUUCCAUUUUUAGAAUCAAACCCCAUGUGAGGCACAAGGAAAUGUCAUGAGCAGUCUCAAGUUUUAUUUAGGAAACUGAUAUAAAUGUCACAUUGACUGCUAAUGCUUUAAGAACUUGAGAUUGCGAGACUUCUCUGUGUCUCUUUUUCCUUAGUAAUCUACUAUUCUUCUUUAGGUCUUGUGCCCCAUGUUGUUUAAGAUCAAACAAAAAGAUGUAUAGAUAAAGAUAUCUUUUUUCACAAAGAUAAUAUAUGCUAUUCUGAAAAACAGGAGGUUGGCGUUUUGGAACACCAACUUGCAAGCAUGCAAUGUGUUGGGUAUAUAAUAUUAUAUGCUGGGAUGUUGUCAUUGUGAAGCUAAAUUGGUGCAUGGACAGCUGACAGAUGGUAUUAAUGAUAUUUAAUUAGUGGAACUUGAAAGAAAAAUAUGGCCCUAUUUGAACUGUUCUGUACAGAAAUCUAUAAAAUCAAACACAGUACUACUGGAAAAACUUGCUUGCUGAGGCUAAAUAUGCUUAUGCAACAUCCCAUGUAUCUGAUAAAAAGUAUAGCUUUCAACCAAUGUUUUUGAGUUGGCCAAAAGUGCAGACCUCUGUCAUAACUUCUUCAGAUAAAAGUUAAAACAAGGUCCAUGUUUAACAUAAAAGUUGUUUUUUUCUGCCAUAAUAGUUAGUCUACAUCACCUGCAUGCUUUAAUAUACAGUACACACACAUUAUAACGUGCUAAAAACCUGCUCUUUCAUCAGAUGUUUUGGGUGUACUGCAUUGUCAACAGUAUUGAUGUAAAGUGUCAAAUAUGUCACUAGGCUGUGGAGAUUGUGGAGCUAGGAAAGGUGUGUUCUGGAAAUGAGUAGUCUUGAUCAGACUGUCUUUUUCAUUUUUUUUUUUUUUUUUGUAUUUUUUUUUAAGUUUGUCUUCUGAUGCAGUUUCUUGCAAUGUACAGAUUGCAAAAUGAUAAUGUUUGAUUUUUAUCAUAAAAUGUGUUUGUGUUUCAGACUUGUGGCGUGCUUAUUUUGUUUACAGUGUUUUACAU